AGAAGGGGGAGUCAGCCCAGCCAAGCAGCCGGCGGCGAGUCGCAAAAGACAGUACUCGACGUUCGGCGGUUUUUCGCACGGGUCCGGUGGCCGCGACGAUCGUGGCCGUAGGAAGCCGGCGCCCGACGAAGCCUGCCUUCCUGGUUCGCGCGCGUCAAGCUACUUGCCUGCCGAGAACGUACACGAGCUGCGGAGGGAGUCGCACGCGAGACAGCGAAAGAGGCGAUCGGACAGACAGUCGGUCGGUCGGUUGUGGUUAGUUGGUUGGUUGGUUGGUUGGUCGGUCGGUCGGUUGGUCGGACGGCGGCGCGGUAUCCGCGGGUGUAUCAUCGGCGGUGGACUAGGGAAGAUCGCGGCCUACGAACGAUUCUCCCGUGUCUGAUGAGCUCCUCCGUCGCGCCGCUGCUGGUGGUAAGAUGGCUGUGCAGUUGGACGGAGGAGGGAAGGAGGACCUGAAAACACAAUUCGUCACGCGGGAAGGCACGUACAAACUGAUGACUCUGUCGGAGUACUCGAGACCGAACCGGGUCGGCUACACCAACAGCCAAGGCAGCGCGUCCGUCAGGGUGUCGUUCGUCACGCUGCCGGAUCCAGCGGACCCUACGGGCGCGCAGGGCCUUGGUGAUCGAAUGUGCUUCAACUUCGGCAAGGAGCUCUACGUCUACGUCUACCGAGGCGUCAAGAAGGCUGUGGACUUGAACAAACCAGUGGACAAAAAAUUAUACAAAGGUACCAAUCCAACCUGUCACAAUUUCAAUCAAACUACAGCGACAGCAGAUAGUGCUCCAUUGCUGGUAGGAUUUUCCACCGGGCAGAUACAGCUGAUUGAUCCAAUAAAGAAGGAACUCAGCAAGUUGUACAAUGAAGAUAGGCUGAUCGACAAAAGCAAAGUGACGUGCAUAAAAUGGGUUCCCGGCUCGAACAACCUAUUCCUGGUGUCCCACAGCUCGGGUCAACUGUACCUCUAUAACGAGGAGCUUCUCUGUGGCACUACCGCGCCGCACUAUCAAUCGUUCAAGUCGGGGGACGGAUACGCUAUAUACACCUGCAAGACCAAAUCCACUAGGAACCCUCUGUAUCGGUGGGUGAUCGGCGCAGAGGGUUGUUGUAUAAACGAAUUUGCCUUCAGUCCAUGCGGCACGAACUUGGCUGUAGUGUCUCAGGAUGGAUUUCUACGCGUGUUCCAAUACAAUACCAUGGAACUAGUCGGUUCGGCGAGGAGCUACUUCGGCGGCUUUUUGUGCGUAUGCUGGUCGCCAGACGGACGUUACGUGGUAGUUGGCGGUGAGGACGACCUGGUGACUAUCUGGAGCUUCCACGAGAAGCGCGUGGUGGCGCGGGGACAAGGUCACCACAGUUGGGUGAGCGUUGUCGCCUUUGAUCCGUACACCACGUCGUACGGGGACCACGAUCCCGACUUCAGCGGCUCGGACGAUGAGACGAUGCCCCACAACAACCACAAUCACUUUCACGAGAAGUCGAACCGCCUGUCCACGACUUCGCAGAGCGGUGGCGUGCACUCGAAUCGGAAUUCCUGCAGCUCCGAACUGAGGAUGUCGGGCGGCACGUGCUACAGGCUGGGUAGCGUGUCUCAGGACACCCAGCUGUGCCUGUGGGACAUCACGGAGGACGUGUUGAGACAGCCGGUGUGCGCCAAGCAGAGGCCGUCGGUGGCCGGCGGCAGCGGCGCCUUGUCCGCUUCCGGCACGUUCAACAGCGGCAACGGUACGACGACGGCGACGGCGACGGGGACGGGGACGGCAACGACGGCAGCGGCGACGACGGCGAACCAUCACUCGAACAAUGCUAAACACAAUAACUCGAAUAACGUAAACUCCAAGGAGAGCGUGAGUGGUAAUAACGAGACUAGUAACAAUAGUACGAGCACCAACGCCGCGGUGGCAACGGUGAACUCGCUGACGCAGAGGCUAGCGGGUCUUGGUUUUGGCGAGCGUAAGGGUGAUAAUCACAAGAGAAACUUUAGCCUCACUAUGCGAGGCGCGACCGGUACGGCCACGGCGGCGACGGCCAACAGCACGAUCGUGCAGAACAGUGGUGGCGACAAGACCACGAGCAACAACGCGAACGCGAGUAGUAGUCUGAACAGUGUCGGUGGGGCGGGUUUAGUAGGUGGGGCAAAUAAGAAGGUUAGUUCCGUGAUGGACGAUCCCAUGAGAUUGAUAGGGACCGCCUGGUGUCCCAGGUUCGACGAGUGUCCGGUCCUCGAGCCGCUGGUGUGCAAGAAACUGGCGCACGAGAGACUGACCGAGUUAGUGUUUAGGGAAGAUUGCUUCGUGACAGCGUGUCAAGACGGAUACGUGUACACGUGGGCGAGGCCCGGCCACAUGAUUAAUGUUCUGUACCACGCUUUGGCUGAUGCAAGAGAGUAUCGUGGAUGAGACUUCCCUGAGUUAUCGCAUGCCGGGAAUCGGCCAGGUCGGCGGCGCUCUCCACGUGGUCAGUCCGGCGGAAGGCGGCGGUACCAUAGUAUAGCCAGAAGCAGACACCGAGGUCGAGCCACGGGAUCACCGGGAGCUACAGUCGUCGUCGUCGCAGGCGUCCGAGAUGCAGUUCCAGGCGACGUAUGCACGCCGACGUCAUCUGUAUUACGUGUGGCCGAGCGAGAGUUACUCCGGUACGGUUUAAGCGAGCGACUCGAGCUCGACGACGUCGUCGCUCGUCAGUCGAGAAGUAGACGAAUCGACCGAAGAGAAUACGUUCGUCGAGAGGCCCACCGGCUGAUCUUGGAAGUCGGGAGUUGACUCCAACUGCGAAACUAACGAGUCGUCCUCCGAGCAUGUGACUACGUUUGCACGGCAAUCUAAAUCUAGUUUAAUAACGCACGUGAUCUACGUUUAUAUGAACAGUAUAAAAUUGGUUCAACAGUUACCGACGUUGUGCAAUCAUCGGUGCUACGUGUCGUAUAAACAUUCAUGUUAUAGCUGUACUGUAAGACACGUGACACUGGUAGUCACAACAUCGAGAACAGUCAAAUCGAUUUCAUACCGCUCGUGUAGACUGCGUUAUCUGUACGAAUGUUAUUAAUGACCAACGUCGAUGAGCCUUGACUUGAGUCACUUGAAAGACUUAAACUCAGAUUAAGGUCUAACUUUAGGCUACUGUGUAAACAUAGUCUAUAGGUCAAGGUAUAAACGCGUACGAAAGUGUACCAAGAGUGUAAAUAGAGAGGAAACUCUUUCCUCCCGCGUGGAAGAGAAUCUCCUCCUUUAUUCCUGACCGUUUGACCGCGCGUGAGUAAAGUGAAUGUUGUAGUAAAGCGCAGUGCCCGGCUGUGAAGAUUAGUGGUUGGACACUCGGCGACACGAAUUCCUGCAAGAUCUUAUUCGAAUCGCCUACACUUUGCGAGCCGCGGUUCACGCGCAGCUUAACGCUUAAAGACACAGACACACACAUACACACAUACAGUGCUUUCGUUUAGUAAGCCGCUCUUCCGGUGGAUAUCGUUUCCUCUUCCUCUUACUUUCCUCCUCGAUACUCGUCGUGACGGCGGUGUUACGCGCGCUUCUUCCCCUAAAGAGAUCCGAGUCAGAAGCUAUCUGUGUACAUGUGUGUACGUCUCUGAUCGUGACGGAUACGAUUACACCAUUCCAAAGCAAGUUUCGCUGAGCCGGACACGAGUCUGUGCGCCAUCCUGAUUACCUGAAGCGUUGAAUUUUACAUAGAUCUAAGCCACAAGACGUCGAUUUUGGAAAAAAAGCGAAAGGAUAGUCUAGGGAUCUCGCGUGGCCGCGAAGGUAUAUAAAAGGUACAUAAAACACAUUCCUGAAUAGAAAUUUCCUUUUUUUCUCGUUAACCGAUCUUUUCAUCUCCGCCUAAGAUUCAUAUUAACAAUCGUUACUUGAAACUUGCCUCAAGUGAGAUACUCAAAUCUAAACUUGGAAUUAGAUGUGAGUUUUUCAGCUGAAUCGCAAUUACUAGUGUCUCGUAUAUGUUACAUGAUUCAAAUAAAAAAAACUUUAAUCUGAUUUUAAACUCGUCUGAGUAUCUCACGUGGUACAAAUUUCAAGUAACGGCUAUUAAUCUCUCAGGCCUUUAUCUCUCUGUCGUUACAAGCGUGUGACUUGGGUCUCUACCACUGCGCUUCAUUCGCUCGAUUAUUUCGGAGGAGGUAUUCCACAAGGCGAUACUAGUUUUUAAUUUAUAUACACGUAUAAGAGUUAAUAUAUAUAUAUAUAUAUAUAUAUAUAUAUAUAUAUAUAUAUAUAUAUAUAUAUAUAUAUAUUGUAUUAGUAAUGACACACCAUGUUCAUUUACCUCGUUAUAGACAUAAUCGUCAGCUUCGGUUACAAGCAUUCCUGCGCGAGAUUCAGGGAUUAAAUAUCUACUACCGUAUUCCUGGGCUUCUAAUCGGGAAGCCCGUUGGGAUUCGUACACGCGUGAUCCUUCCUUUGGCAACACCGUUCCGUUGAAUUUCACUUACAUUAAUAGACCACAUGUAAGAAAGCUGUAAGUAUUAUUAUUAUCGGAAACUGAUUUUUCAUCGGAAAAGCUUCCACGUUCCAUUGUCGAGAUCGAGGACGGCUGCAAGUGCCAUUUACAACAGGUGCUCCGUAAUUGUAAAGCAUAUUCUCUGUUCCGAGGUGGGCUAUAUAUACAUAUAUAUAUAUAUAGCGCUUUUCCCAUUUUUCGAUAUUUACAGCUUUUUCUUAAGUCGAGCCUAUCUCUGUUAACGUUAGAACAGAAUCUACCUACGUUAUGUUUCGUUGUGACCAUCGUGAUGUACGAUGAUACUACAUAUGGUUGCACCAUCCCAGAAAUUUCUUUGAGACACCGAUGUAUCGCAUUGAUUAUAGGACGGUCAGGCCUUUUCUCCCGUUUCGAUAUUAUUUCCGUUCUCGUCGAUGCACAGUGGUUUAUCUUACUUCGAAGCACGAUGACACCGUACUCUUAUUCUAGCAAAUGCAAGCUCGUUGAGGUAUGCUGUGAUAUGUGUGCUAUAAACAAGACGACACUGACAAGUGAUCCAAGUCACGAUGAAAGUCACUUCCAAGUACCGUCGUACACGGACGUUCGAACUUUGGGGAUAACGCAAACGCUGAUUAGUUUUCUUAAUGAUAGGCAACCGAAGCCGGCCUGCGACACACACAGCAGACUAUAAUUCGUCUAACGACUCUGCGAGACAAGAAACGGAUCGACUUCAAAGCGAGUCGAGAGAGAUUCACUUCUGUCGAUUGCGACUCAUCCGCGCGCAUACGUGCAAUCUUUUACAUUUGUUCGUUUCUCUAUCCUCUCUUUCGAUCUCUGACAUAAUCUCUAACAUAAAUAGUGAUGAACGUAAUUAAGUAAUAACGAAUACGGUUUAAACAGGAAUUUUACGUGCCUUAGUUCGCGGUUUCUUGAGAUCUCUUAACUUAUCACGAAAGAAAGGAGGAUUGAGCCGUGAAAUAAAUAAAUUAAUAAAUAAAAUAAAUGAGAGAAAAAGAAUCGAGACGCGUCAAACAGAGAAGAAUAAGAAGGAAUUCGAAAAUUUUUAAGCUCAAAGACUCGAAACUCGCGAUGCAAAUUUCACGAAAUGAAUCUCUAUCGACUUUCCGUUUCAUCUUUUGUUUGGCGGAGAAGAUCGCGAUCUAUAAAGUUCCUAUUUCGUAAGCUAAACGGCGAGCUCGCGCCGCAAGCGCUCGAUUCUUCGGCCGACGAUCGAUUCUCGCGAGAUGUUCUCGACCUUCGCACGGGAUAGACAAGUUCGUCAAUCAACGAGGUCGAAAAGAAUUAUUUUCCAGCUCUACACGGAAUGUGAUUGUGUACGCGAAUAUAUGAAUUUGCGUUAAUGACGUGUAUUUCGAGUCACAUCAGAACCAUGUAAUUUCGUUUCUUUUGACCGCAUGCACAUUGAACUCCUUUCUGGAAACUUGUAGCGUCUGCAAACCCAGUAAACAUCAACUAUCAAUGACAUAAUAUCACUGUUGCAAUUUCCAACAAUGUAAAUGCAAUAUAACGCGAGUGUUGUGUAACAGUUGCAUCGUUGAAUGGAAAAUUAUAGCAUUACUGUUAGUUGGUGUUCACUAAGAAGCGCUCAACACCGAGUGAUUUUUUGUCGUUUUCGUCUUUUUAAAUUAAUAUCCCGUUUUUCGUGUAAAAAAACAAGAUUUUGGAAUUUUCUGACCCUUCUCAUGAAAUACCUUCUUUAUUCUGAUGGGGCAUUUAAAUCAAUCCUGUUUUUUGCACAAGAAACAGAAUAUUAAAAGUGAAAAUGGUAAGAAAUGAGUCGCUCAUCGUUUAUAAUGUUAAAGCACGUCCGUAAUUGAUAUCCAACACGAUCUCUGCGCAAUCGAUAAAUCCGCGAGCAAACAAUGUUCCUGCCGUGUGAAGGACGGGAAAUCUCCCUACAUCCGACGUAUCUGAACGAAAACAUGGAGGACACGAGCAACUGCGACGACGUUGUCGUCGAAACCGCGUUGGUAAAUCGCGCUUUUCCGACGGGGGUUACAUAGACGACGAACGAUUAAAUGAUGAGUCUGCUUCUCGGACUUCUGGUAACGAGAGAAUUUGUUUCUAAGUAGACAAUUGCGAGUGUGCGAGAGGAAGCUGUUUCGAAGGGACAUGUAUUUGAUCUCGCUCUCGGCGAUUAAUCGCAGCUGCUGGGUCCAGCUAGAGAUUGUGCGCGAGAAAAGUAUACAGGACGUGUUGUGUCCGUGGAGUCAUUGCAAGUUCUCGACAUCAACGCGAACAAUCCAUUUCUUUAUUCGCGUGUAUAUAUCGAAAUUAUUUAUGUCCUUUUUGUCCUGCUUUGUAACGUGAGAGGAUUACAUUCUCAUGCUCACACUCGUACACACACAUACACACACAUAUACACAACAAUGGAGAACUUUCGAUAGUUUUAUUGAAAACCUACGUCUCAUGGUACGUGCGAAUUACGUGUUCCUCGGUAGAAGUAUUUUGAGCGGCGAAAGAGCGUCAUUUUGAUUUGCCACUUUGAACUCGGAGCAACCAGUCAUUUGACGGUUUGGAAAUAGAGGGACACUUCCUUCCGCUUUCAUGACUACGGGAAUGAUUUCGGUUGUCGUUCUAGUCUCAAGGUAUUGUACAAACGUAAUGAGACUAACUGGCAUUGCAUAACAAUAAUCGGUCGACGCAAAUUACGUAUUAUCGAUUGUCUGGGAGACAGGCGAUCACCCGGUAGACACGCGGGCUGCAUAACUCUCGCGCGCACGCGAGAGAGAAAGAGGGGGGGAGGGGCGAUUAAUUCGAAUAUAAUAUAUUCGAAUAAUAAUGAUAAUAGCGACGAUUCGCGGCUGUCGGGUCUGGUCCAGCUGUAUUACAUCCUCACUCACCGAACAAGUAAAUGAGUCUAGCGUUUCUCUGGCAAUUUUUUAUGAGAACCUUUCCAUGCAAAGAGCUUUAUGGCAUCGCGUCAGAUCUGUACUGUACUUCUCGGCGCAUUUCUCUUUGUUUGUUUAUAAGCGUGUACAUUCUUUGUAAUUGUAAAUGAAAAAGACAUUUCAUUGUUAAA